AUGAGCCCGGAGCUUGCUGCAUCCCGUAGGCUACGUGAACCUGGUGGUUUCCGGCGAGGCUUCCUUCAAACCCAGGCAAUGAACCAAGGGACACCUGCAGAGGAUAUGCCCCAAAGAUGGAGCAUUCGCCUUGUUGACUCGAUAGUUUCCACUAGCUUCGCGGUUGAAAGCCACGUUUACGGGCUAAACCUCAGUGAUGAUGAAGAUGCAUCGCCUGUGGUGUCGCAGGGGGCAGGCAAUCUAAACAUCGCUUUCUUGAUCUUUAAGGGCAAUUGCGGCUGUGCCAUCCUGUACAUGCCGCGCGGCUGGAUGCAUGGAGGUUUGGUGCUUGCCUCCAUUUUGGUGCCGCUCAUUGGCUUUGCAUCUAUCUGGUGCGCGCACUUGCUUCUGAAAGUCCGCCUGACCAUGGAUCGUAGCGCAGGCUACGGAGAUUUGAUGAACAGUGCACUUGGGCCCAAGGGUCAGGCCGCCGCCAACCUCUUCAUUGUUCUCUUGCAGCUGGGAAUUUGCUGUACUUAUUUCAUCGUUGCCUCCAAACUGCUCCAGACAACGAUCUGCCCUAAUGUCGCUCUGGAUGUCUUGAUUGCUGUGAUGGCAGUAGUGAUGGUGCCCCUAGUGGCUCUUCGCAAAGUGGCUUCGUUAUGGCCGCUGAGCCUGCUUGGGACGGUGUUAGUUAUCGUUGGGCUUUUGAUUGUUGGAAGUCUCGAGGUGCAGGCGGUCGUGGAAGAAUCCCCAGAGCUCACCAUGCUCAACUGGAGCGGGGUUCUGGUUUGCAUUGGCCAGGCAUGCUUCAUGUUCGAGGGCAUUGGCCUCAUCCUGCCAACAUACGAUGCCAGCAGAAACCCGCAGGAUUUCACCUGGAUCUAUGUUCUGGUACAGAUUCUCACGCUCGCCAUCGUUUGCGCCAUUGGCCUGUUGGGCUACACGGCUUUCGGCAAUGAGGUUUCAAAUCUUAUCUUGCUCAACUUCCCCCAAUCUGCUGCAGUCUUCACUGUCCGCUUUGCGUUUAUGCUCCAAGUUUGGUGCUCCUUCCCAUUACAGUUUCUACCGGCAACACGGCUCCUGGAAUCAUUCAUGUUCACGCCGAUCUCUGACCCUCCACUAGCGCGGAAAGCAGCGAAGACGGCAUUCCGAGCAGUCGUUGUGGCGCUUCUCGCGGGGCUUGCAGUUUUAGGGGCGAGCAAGCUUGACAAUUUUGUGAGCCUGAUAGGUGCCCUUUGUGGCGUGCCACUGGCUUUCAUCUUCCCAGCGAUUGCACACUAUGUUCUUGUGAAGGAGUGCGUUUGGUCAGACAUUCUACUAGCAGCUUUCGGAGUAGUUCUGACCAUUUUGGUGACUGCGGUUAACGUAGCUGCCUUUGGCUAG